AUGAAUAACAAUUUUGAAGAACCGAAUUUUAAAGAAGGGGAUUUGGUUUGGUGUAUGAACACCCCUUCUACUCCAGAAAAGAAUGAUGUGCCGUAUACAUUAUGUCGUGUAGUUGGAAAAAUAAAAAAUAAUGAUAGUGAUGGUGAUAAUGGUCGUAAUAAUCAUAAUGAUGGUAAUGAUGAUAAUAGUGGAAAUGGUGAUAAUAAUGGUAACGAUAGUAGUGAUGGGAAUAAAGGUAGUAACUGCGAUGAACAAAUGAUUCUAUCUAAACACAACGAUUGCAGUGGGAACACGUUUCCGAGUGAUCCGAAGGGUUUAUACAAAGCAAACAAUUUAUUUUUAUUAAAUCAAAAGGAUAUGCUAAAAUUAAAAUAUAUUAAUGAACCAGCAAUUUUGAAUCAUUUACACGAGAGAUUUAAAAAUAAAAAAUAUUAUACUAAAAUGGGCCCAUUGUUACUUUUUAUUAACCCACAAAUAAAUAUUAACAUAAAUAAUGAGGAAACUAUUCGUAAAUAUAGAUUCACAGAAACAUUAGAUGACUUAAAUUUAAACGAAUACCAUGUUGCAAGCAACGCCAUGAGGAACCUAAAUUCGUUAAAGAGAAAUCAGUCUAUUAUUAUCACUGGUGAAUCAGGGUCAGGAAAAAGUGAAAUAUCAAAGAAUAUUAUAAAUUUUCUUUCUUAUACUGUAAAAAGGAGAAAGAAGGGAAAAGGCACGCUAGCAGCAGUAGAUACAAGUGAGGAAGCAGAAAUAGAAGCAAAAGAGGAAGUACAAGUAGCACCAGAAGCGGAAGAAGCAGUAAAGGUAGAAACAACAACGAACGAAACAGCAGUAAUAGAUACAGAAAAAACAACAGACACAGAAGCAGUAAUAGAUGCAGCAACAGACGCAGAAGCAGCAAAGGGUGGUGCUGACGCAAAGUGCGUUAUUUCGAAAUUGAUAAAACAUGCAGAUGUUCUCAUAGAAGCGUUCGGAAAUGCGCGAACGGAGAAGAAUGGAAACUCGAGCAGAUUUUCAAAAUUCUGUACAGUACAUAUAGACAGAGAGGAAAGGAUAAAAUCUGUGCACAUGAAAAAAUUUUUAUUCGAUAAAGGGCGUUUGACAAAUAGAAGAGCAAACGAAAGCUCGUUUAACAUAUUUUAUUAUAUUAUAAAUGGAUCAAGUGAAAAAUUUAAGAACAUGUAUUUUUUGAAAAAUGUGCAAGAUUAUAACAUAUUAAAAAAUGAGGGCAAUAUUGAAAAAUCAAUAGAUUAUUCAACUAAAUUUUUAGAAUUACUAAAAUCUUUAAAUUAUAUAUUUGAUGACGAUAAGGAAAUAGACUUUAUUUUUUCAGUACUUUCAGCAUUACUAUUAUUAGGAAAUGUGGAGAGCGUAAGAACACUAGCUCGUAAGUCAAUAUUUCGUAAAAGUUUCUUAUGUGAAAGUUCUCCUAAUUAUGAAGAAUUACAGAAAAAUUUAGAAAAUUCUAGCGAUGAUUUACAAAUAGAUAGUAAUACUAAAUCCUUUUUAAUUGCAUGCAAACUACUUAAUAUUGAUGCUGAAGAGUUGGUAAAAUAUUUCACAACGAAUUAUCUAUUUAAUGAUGUAAUACUUAUGAAAAUUCAUAAUGAAAUGAAAAUUCAUAAAAAAAUAGAAAAUUUUAUUAAGACAUGUUAUGAAGAAUUAUUCAAUUGGGUGUUACAUAAAAUUAAUAAUAAAUGCACAAAUGGGAUAAAGGAAGAAAUAGGAAAAAAUGAUAAUUAUAUAAAUAUACUAGAUUUAAUACACUUUGAAAAUUUCCGUGAGCAGAACUCCUUAUAUGAGUUGUUAGUAAAUACAAGUAGUGAAGCUGUGCAAAAAAUGCAGAUAGAUUUCUUAUAUAAACGAAGGACACAGGAAUUACAAGAAGAGGGAAUAGAACUGUUCUAUGAUAUAUCAAGUAUAGACAAUGAAAAAUUAUAUAAUUCGCUAGUGCAAGGGGAACAAACAACAUCUUCUCUAUUUUCCUACUUAGAAAGUGUUUCAACUAAAAAAUUAUUUAACAAGAGCAAUUUACACAUCUCUGUAGUUAACGCAUUUAGGAAUAAUAAAUUUAUAAAAAAGGACUAUAAUUGUUGUGAUGGUAGUAAUGAUUAUAACGAUGACGAUAAGGAUGAUGAUAAUCAUUACAAUAAUGAUAAUGAUAAUGAUAAUGAUAAUGAUAAUGAUAACGAUAACGAUAACGAUAAUGAUAACCAUAGCGAAAAUCCAUCAGAGUUGAAUAAAAAAGCAUUCGUUGUCGUACAUUCGGGCGGAGAAGUUCUUUACCACACUGAGAACUUUAUAGAUACUAACAUCGAAAUUUUAACAAAUAGAUUUAUUGACUUAGUUAAAAAGUCGGGAAAUGUGUACAUGCAACAACUUUGUACUGCCUUUAAAUAUGAUGACAAUGGUAACAUAGUGGAGGAAAAAAGAAGGUAUAGUAUUCAGUCUGCUCUAAAAUUAUUUAGAAGGAAAUAUGAUACUAAAAAUCAAAUGGCUGUUACAGUGCUGAGAAAUAAUUUACUUGAAUUAUCUAAAAUGCAAGAGAACACCUUUUGUCAUUUUAUUAUGUGCAUAAAAUCUAAUAGUGGUAAUAAGGAUUUAUAUUCCUUUGACACAAGGAUGGUCUUAAAACAGAUAACGUAUUUUCACAUUGUGCACAUGGGGCAGCUGAAAGGCCGCUAUUUUCCCCACUCAUUUCGUUUUUCUGAAUUCUUGUCUAUUUUCAACCUGAAGAAAGGUGGAGGAGAAGGGGGAGACUCAGUCACGACUAAUACAGCUAUCGGCUUAGCCAGAGGCAAUCGCAACAAUGGAGAUGUGGAUGAAUAUAUUGAACAGGAAGACGAUGUAAAGAGGGGGGUGUAUAACAAAGAGGUCGGUAACAAUAAGCUUGACAUGGAAGUGGAGGAUAUGAAAGUGAUGGAAGACUUGCAAGAGGAGAGGGAUAACAAAAUGAUCUAUGGAGAUGAGGCCGAUGGCAAAGAGGAGGCACACAAUGAAGGGUUAGAAAGGGAAGAGGUUCAGAAUUUGUUGAAGUCUUACAACAUAAGUAGGAAGGAAUGGAUAUUAGGAGAGAGUAAAGUUUUUAUGAGCGAUGUUUCACUCAAAAUAUUAAUUAAUCAUAGAUUUCCAAAGUUACCGGAAUUGUUAAAAAAUGGAGAAGAUGAGGAGGAAAACUUGAUUGAUGAUGAGGAAAAUCCAUGGAAGAAUGAAGCAAAAGAGAGGACGAUGUACUUAGACUGUGUGAAGUUAAAUAAAAAACGCGACAGAAAGGAGGUAAAAGAAGAGGGACAAACAGAGAUUGAAAUGGAAAUGGAAGGAGAUAGGGAAAUGGAAAUGGAAAGGGAAAGUGAAAUGGAAAGGGAAAGUGAAAUGGAAAGGGAAAGUGAAAUGGAAAGGGAAAGGGAAAUGGAAAUGGAAAGGGAAAGUGAAAUGGAAAGGGAAAGUGAAAUGGAUAUGGAAAGAGACAGGGAAAGGGAGAAAAGAGAUUUAUAUGCCUAUUCACUGAAAGGUACAAGAGAACUGAAUAAUGAAAAACAGAGAUACGAGGAUGACGAAGAGUUCAACGAAGAAGAAAUAACCAGUGAACAGGAGGAAGAAUUCGAAGUAGCCGAUUUAAAAAAAAUUGAUGAGUAUCAUAACUAUGAUGGUGUAAAUGAAGAUGACCCUGUUCUACGUUCGAAUAAUGAAAUUUGCAAGGAAGGGGAAGAAGAAAAUCGUGAACUUGUUGAACCUACUGACAAAGAGGUUAAUAAAUCAUUUGAAGUAAUAGAAUCAAAUAAUAAGGAAACGAAAAUAGAAGAAAAUAAAGGAGAAGACUCCCUUGAGGAUUACGAAAUGAUGAACCUAGUCCAUAGUGAAACUAUUUUUAAAAAUAGAUUAGAUGAACUAAAUGACGAUUUGAAAAAGUUCAACCCCAUAAUUAGUCAUGUGCAGAAAGAUAAUGUGUAUAAUAAAGGAAUAGAAAAUCCAUAUAGUAAAAAAUAUAUGCAAAGUACCAUAAAUGAAAAAAGCGACAAUGAAGAGGAGAAUGGUAAGCAAGAUGAGGAGAAGUCUGGCAAUACACAUUCGGGAGAAGUCAAGGGUGAAAAAUCAGCCGAAAAUGAGGAGAGAAAUGAACAGCAAAAUGAAAUGCAGAAUGAACAACAGAAUGAAGGGGAAGAGGGGGAAAAGGAAGGACACGUGAAUGGAGCCGAAAUGGGCGAGGAUGAUCCUAACAAGAAUGAAGCAAAAAAAGGGGAGAAAAAGAAAAAAAAGAAAAGAAGAAGAAAGAAGAAAAGAAGUUCAUUAACAAGUAGAAAGGAGGAGGAGGAGGAGGCGGAUCAGGAAAAUAGGGCAGACGUGAACGAAGAAAAGGUAAAAGGAGAGGAGGGAGGAGAUGAUAAAGAAGAGAUGAAGGAAGAGCAGAACGACCUGGAUGAGAUUAACAAAGAGAAGAACGACCUGGAUGAGAGUAACAAAGAGAAGAACGAUCUGGAUGAGAGUAACAAAGAGCAGAACGACCUGGGUGAGAGUAACAAAGAGCAGAACGACCUGGGUGAGAGUAACAAAGAGCAGAACGACCUGGGUGAGGGCAAAGACGAGAAGAGCGACUUGGGUGAGAGUAACAAAGAGAAGAACUACUUGAGUGAGGGUAAAGACGAGAAGAGCGACUUGGGUGAAGUUAAAGCAGAAGUGAGCUGCCUGGGUGAACAUACAUUAAGCAAAAAUGAUACAGAUAAUGAAGGAAUGAAGGAGAAAGAGGUACACGAAGUAGAAGAAGUGCAUGAAGCAGACGCACAAGCAGAUCACAGAAAGGAUGAAGAUGAGAAUGGAGAAGAUGUGAGGGAUGGAGAGGCAGAGAAUAAUGAGAAAAAGGUGGAAGAAGUUGCUGAAGGUAAGAUAAGAGAGUUAGAUGACAACGAAGAAAACAUGGAGGAGGAUGAGGAGGAAAAUAUUAAAACAGAUGAAAUGGUGGAAUUUAUAGCAAAGGAACAUGAAAUGGAGGAAGAGCAGGAAGAGAGAUUAGAGGAAGAAAUAGUAAAGGGAGAGGAAAGAACAAAGAAGGAUGAAAUGGAAAGUGAAAAAUCGCAGGAGUAUAUAAUGGGAAGUGAAAAAUCGCAGGAGGAUAUAAUGGGAAGUGAAAAAUCGCAGGAGGAUAUAAUGGGAAGUGAAAAAUCGCAGGAUGAUAUAAUGGAAAUGGACAGAUCACAAGAGAAUGUAAUGGAAAUGGACAGAUCACAAGAGAAUGUAAUAGAAAUGGACAUAUCACAAGAAGAUGUAAUGGAAAUGGACAGAUCACAAGAAGAUGUAAUGGAAAUGGACAGAUCACAAGAGGAUGUAAUGGAGGAGGGAGAUGGAAAAGAAGAAGAUGAUGCAGACAAUAAUGAGAAAAAAAUGAACGAUUUAACACAGCAAGAGGAUAUGAACAUGUCGAAUGAGGAUACGAAAAAUAUGUUUGAUGAAGACCCUGUUGAUGAAAAUUACAUAGGUUACAAUAUAAACUGUUUUAAAGGUGUCCUGCCAACAAAGAUAAAAAAAAACAUGAAUAAAUUAUUAAGUCAUAAAAGUGAAGAGAUAAAUUAUAUUAAGCGUAUGUUGGACUGUUAUGAUUGUACACAGGAUGGCAUAUAUGAACAUUGUAUUAUUGAAACAAAUUAUGGAAAUAAUAUUAUAGAAGGAGAAGAAUUAGGAUUAUAUAAUAAUGCAGAUUUAAAAAACCCUAGGAAAAAAAAUGACUUACUUAGUCAUCUAAAUGAUAUAUACAUAUGUCAAGCAAAUGAAAAGAAGCACUUAAUGACUAUAUUAAAAAAAAUGGUAUCAACAAUAGAAAUGGUACAUGGAAGAAAAUGGAAUAUCUUUUUAUGCUCGUGUGAGUAUUAUUUUAAAUCUUUUGUAGCUAAUGAAGAUAAAUUAAUAUUGGAUCAACCAAAUAGUAGUGAUACAUUGAAAAAUAAAUUAUUAUAUAAUGAAGAAUGUAAUUAUCACAACAAUGAAAAUGAAGAAGUUCAUAAACAUAAUUGUAGUCCAAUCGUAGAAUAUUUAACUCUACCAACAAACAAAGAUACACAUGAAAUUUCUAUUUCUAAUAAUGCUGAUAAGAAAUAUAUAAAAGAUAAUUAUAAUAUCUUAUGUUUUAGAUCUAGAAAUACUACUAAGUUAGAUUUUAUGAAUUCUAAAGCUUUUUAUGAAUCGAUACAUUAUAAAAAGGUACGAACAAAAAAUAUAACACAUGUACAUACUGAUUUUUCUUAUAUGGAUGAUAAAAUGAAAUGUAAUUUUAAACAACAUGUUAUAAAUGAAUUUAUUAAUAAUCCUAAUAUUACUAUGGAAGAUAUAGGAGAUAGUCUCUUAAGCUUAGCUACUCACUUUUAUCAUGAUAAAAAAGGGACUUGGUGUGUUUUCGUUUCUAAGAGGAAAGCUUUUACUGGUGUUGUAAAUAUUGUGAAAAAUAGAUAUCUCAGAAUGACUGCUAAGAAUGGAAAUAGACGUUACAACAUCGUCUUGUUUGAGACGCCGGUUUAG